ACAAGCUGCUCCUGAGAGGAGCCACAGGAGGACGCAGGCGGAGGUGCCCGCCCCUCUCUGAGACGUAAAGAGUUAACGGAGCGGCGGUGGGUUUGCCCAUUCUCCGCUGUGAGUGACGCGAUCAUCUCUAUUAUCCCUCAACUUUGCCUGUUGCCAGACCAGGCAGCCGAGGUGGACGCAGCUCCGCGCGCCGCCGUCUCUGCGCCAUCGGGCUGAUCUGCGCUUUUUCUUUGUGACUGUUGCGCGCAGGCGGCUUUUCCCCAGCGAUGAUUUCUAGUUUUCUCGUCCGUCGGACCCCCCGAUGUUGUGCAGUCUACUCCACGAAGGCGUAAAUCUCUCUUGACUGGAGGUGGAUCUUCCUGGAUACGGAGGAGGGGGAGGCGAGCUGUAUGAAACACUGACUAAAGCCGCCGACAGAAGGAGUCUUUGACGGAAACCUCGCUCCUAAAAUGCCUCGGAGGAAACAAGAAGCGCCGAAGCGCGCGGCAGUGGAAGGAGAGAGGAAAAGGGGAGGCAUAAGUUCCGUGUGGCUGGGGUAGUAUAUAAAUACAGGCUCGCCUAGAGGAAAAUAACACCUCAACGGUUGAUGAGGUGAAAUGGGAUGACUGUAAUUUCUCAGCUCAGCUUUAAAGGCUCCCACACAGAUGGCUCAUUUAUCCCUGGGAGUCCUCGGGCACACAUUCUUACUCUCCUGAGGAGCUGACGGAGCACAACGCGGAGGAAGCGGGAGGAGGAGUGCUGCCCUCAGUCCCUCGGGAUGACCUUCCCAUGAAAGAGGAGGAUUUGGAGCAAACCAUUCAGACUGCCAAGGAGAAGCUCUGCCAGCAGGAAUCCGCCGAGGCCACAGAGCUCUCCGGACACGAGGUGGACAGCGAGUCGCAUGCGAGCGAGGCGAGUGAGCGCCUCUCGGACUCGGAGAGCCCCUCCGGGAAAGUUGAGGCCAACUUAGUGGCAUCCUCUCUGAACGCUGACUCCCAAACCUCCUCUGUAGGCACAGACACCUUAGAGCAAAUGAAGGCUAUCUACUCCAGCUUCCUCACCAGUCCGUUGUGGUCGCCGCUGAACUUGAACGCCACGCCCCCACAGGUGCAGUCUUCAUCUUCUGCAGAGAAGCCGGCGCGCAGCAGCAGCACCAGCAGCAGUAGCAGCUGCAGCAGCGGUAGCUACGACUGGCACCAGUCUGCCGUGGCAAAGACGUUACAGCAGCAGCAUCCUCAGAGCCGUCAGCCGGCUCCGUCCGAGCCCAGCCUCUUCAGUACGGUCCAGCUCCACAGGCAGAACCCGCGGCUGUUCGGCUCCAUCUUCACCGGGGCCAGCAAAUUCCGCUGUAAGGGCUGUAGCGCUGCUUACGAGACUCUGGUGGAGCUGACGGUUCACAUGAACGACACGGGCCACUACCGGGACGACAACCAGGACAAGGCAGGCAGCGGCGCCAAGCGCUGGUCCAAACCACGCAAGCGGUCCCUUCUGGAGAUGGAGGGCAAGGAAGAUGCCCAGAAAGUCUUGAAGUGCAUGUACUGUGGUCACUCCUUUGAAUCCCUGCAGGACCUCAGCGUCCACAUGAUCAAGACCAAACACUACCAGAAAGUGCCUUUGAAGGAGCCCAUGGCUCCUGUGGCAGCCAAAAUCAUGUCCUCCAAGAAAAGAGGGUUUGUAGGUCUAGACCUCACUUCUGCACACCGAUCCAGAGAGGGGACCCCCAAGUCAAAGGCCGACCCAAGUGAACCCCCACAGAAAGCCUCCUCCGGCCCCCACAGCACUUCUAAUCACCGCUAUGGUCACCAAAAUGGUGCUAGCUAUACGUGGCAAUUUGAGUCGAAUAAAUUGCAAAUCCUGAAGUGUAUAGAGUGUGGCAACUCUUACAACACCCUGCAGGAGCUGAGGACCCACAUGAUGGUGACGGGACACUUCCUGCGGGUGAACAGCUCUGUAGUCAAGAGAAUCAAAACAUUCCCAGAGGCCACCUCCCCCAACCCCGUCAGGGUCACCACCCCUCCAGAACAGAAGGUCCAAUCUGUGCCACUCGCCCCUUCUACCUUCUCCUCCCAACCUCUUCAAACCAACUCAACCUCCCCGGCCCCCUCCCUUCCUCUUCAAAAGAUCAAAAAAGAGGAGGUUGAGGAGGAGUGCACCAGACAAGAGGCUGCUGAAACAGAAAAGCUAGUCCCAGUUUGUGUGAGUAAGGAGGAGGAGGAGGCUGAGAGGGAGGAGAAAUAUGACAUUUCAAAAUACAGCUAUCUCACAGAGGAUGACCUGAAAGAGAGCCCCAAGGGGGGGUUAGAUAUUCUCAAAUCACUUGAAAACACUGUGACAUCAGCUAUCAACAAGGCGCAGAGUGGGAACCCAAGCUGGGGGGGCUAUCCGAGUAUCCAUGCAGCCUACCAGUUCCCCAACGCCCUCAAGGCCCAACAAGGCAGCAUGGAGAAGAAUUCCCACGUGAAAUUCUUGCUCAACGGAGGGGAAGGAGUGUUGUCCUCCUACGCUAAGAACCAGCCCCUCGUCUCCCCGUUGCUGAGUCAGCCCUCCUCUUUUUCCACCAACAACUUCCAGGCUAUGGAGGAUUUGGUGAGAAAAGUAACGGAGAAGGUAGCAAAAAUAGAACAGAGGGUUAAGCAGCUUUCUCCAAAGAGGGAGAACCAGCUGUCUCCGUGCAGCAGCGAGGCCGGAGAGGUUGACUCUCCUCUGGAAUGGAGGGAAGUCACGCCAGCCAAUAGUGACAGGGGAAGCCAUAGCAACAGGGCAUCUCCAGCAACAGAACCCAGGAGGGAUCCAGCAGCCAGCUCGCCUCUGGCUUCCACACUAAGAGGCAGCACCGCCAUCAUCACCGCUCACGCUGCUCCUGAGCAGCCCUUCGUCAACCCGCUAAGUGCUCUUCAGUCAGUAAUGAACAUACACUUGGGAAAAGCAGCCAAGCCCUCUUUGCCAAACCAAGAUCCCCUGAGUCUGCUUUCCAGGCUCAGCCAGAGCAUGACGGAGAAGGCUGCUGUGGCCACUCCCCCAUCACAGACCAAAAAGCCAGAAGGCGUGGUUCACAACAGUCUGUGUCAGCCCAGCGACGACCAGCCAAUGGACCUCACGAAGAGCAAGAACGAUAAAGGAAGCUCCGUAGCCUCGGCCCCCCUGACGCCCUCAUCCACAGCCUCAUCUAUCUCCCCCAUCUCGCUCGUUACCCCCGCAAAGCUAACAGUAGUGUCCCCCUACACGUCCAGCAGCCCCCUCCAUGAAAAUGCCCUGUCAGAUAUCUCGGACAUGCUCAGAAACCUGACCCAGUCCCACCCUAUAGCCAAGCCUCCCUCACGGCCCCGGGCAGCGGACAAAACUGAAGUGGUGGGCUCCACGCGCGAAGAGGACGACCCGUCCCUGCACGGCCACAAACGCAAGGGCCGCCACUCCAACUGGAACCCGCAGCACCUCCUUCUCCUGCAGGCACAGUUUGCCUCCAGCUUGAGGCAGACGUCAGAAGGAAAGUAUAUCAUCAACGACCUCAGCCCGCAAGAAAGGAUGCACAUAUCUCGCUUCACUAGUCUCUCCAUGACCACCAUCAGCCACUGGCUGGCCAAUGUCAAGUACCAGCUAAGAAGAACAGGCAGAACAAAGUUCCUGAAGAACCUGGACUCCGGUCAGCCGACAUUCUUCUGCAGUGACUGUGCCUCACAGAUCCGGACCCCGGCGGCUUACGUGUGCCACUUGGAAGCCCACCUGGGGUUCAGAAUCAAGGACCUGGCCAAGCUGUCCCCCAAACAGACUUUCAAAGACUCCACUGCCCUGAGUGAGAAAGUCCUUCCCCUGGAGUCCCUACUGUCCCCCCAAACAGAGGAGGACUGCAACGGAUCCGUGUACCGCUGCCAGCUCUGCGUCCGCAAGUUCGCCACCAAGCACGCCAUCAAACUUCACCUCAGCAAGAGCCACGGCAAGUCUCCGGAGGACCAUCUGCUGUACGUGUGUGAAUUAGAAAAACAUUAAGCUCUUCUAGGCAGUCGACAUUCAUGAAGACGUCCCUGAUAGGACCGUUCAAAAGAGUCUUUGAAUGCAGCCAAACGCACAAAGACGCCACGAACUACUGUUACAACAUGUCAGCACAAGCUGUUUACGUCUGUUCGGCCUGAAAGCAUUUCUGAUUUGUGUAUUCCAAAAUGUUUCUUUCACUCCAGAGUAUACUGUGUGUCAGCGAGGCUCCGCUGUUGAGAAAUGGGAGGCGACAGAUGUGAAUCUUUUGACUCGAAGGUCAGCGUCAACUUGAAAUGUAUUAACUUUAUUGUAUUUAUUUUGUACUUUUGUGCGUUUGUUUUCAGUUGCUGGUAGUCUGCAUGUGUUACAUUUCUACAGUCCUGUUGGGAUUUUAAAAUGCCCUUUCAAACUUGCCCUUUUUAGUAGCCAAAUUCAUGGAAACGUUCCUUUGAAAGAAGAACCUGCAGAAUUUCGUCUCUUUGUUUUGAUGGUUUUACUCUGUACAGCCUUUACGUUUCCUCGCUGAUUGUAAAAAAAAAAAUCUGCCUUAUUCGUUAUCAUUGAGUAAGGGGCACUUAAAAUCCAGGUCUGUGUAAAAAUGUAUAUAUAUAUAUAUUGUGUAAGCUUACAAUUUGCUGUCUAAAUUAUGCAUACUUGUUAUAUUUCCUAAUUUAAGAGGACUAUGACUAUCCACUGGUGCAGAGACUUUGAAGAAGAUAAAAAGGACACUGUUUUGCACAAUAGUUUUAUAAAAAGUUAUUUGAUAAGUAAAAAAAAACACACAUCCAAAUAUGUUAAUGCCUCGUGCUUCUAUGAUUAAAUUGAAUUAAUUC